AUAUCCUCGAAUUUAGACAGCUCCAAAUUAAAAAAAAAAUUAAUUAAUUGUAAGAAUAAUAAACUCGGAAAGAUUGUUGAUCCCAGAUUUGAUCCGGAAAACCCCUCGUUUUCUGAAAACCGAGAUUCGUACCAAAUAAACUUUGAGCCAAUUAACAAAACCCAAAUUCGUUUUCCCUGCAUUUGUUGAUUUUUUCUCAGUUUGAUUCGUUAUUUCUUAGUAAAUUCACUUUAUUUGGAAAAGAAAUUGGGUUUCUGUUUUUGGGUCUGUUAGCUUCUUCCAUUGCCGCCAACCUACGUUUCAACUGGUAUUUUCAUUAUUGAACUGCAUUUCAGUUCAAUUUGGAGGUGCCCCAAUAGUUUGUAGCUCAUUUGGUGAAGUGGGUAUUGAUUGUUUUUGGUGUUCAUAGAAGUUCCGGUGAUCCCUGGAGUGAAAUUCGAUUCAAAAGAGCUUGUGGGCGUCUGUGGGGGUGAUGAGAGGAGUGUCUUGGCGGUUGAUAAAGGGAUAAUGAGUGGAGGGUCAUUGGGGAUUCGGUCUGGGAGUUGUGGGACUUUGGAUAAACAGCUGCAGAAUGGUAGAUUGCCUAUUCAAGUUCCCACAGCCACAAGAAAUAAGCCCACGAAAAUGUUCCAUUGGAUCUGCAAAUUUGCCGGCCGUAAGAAGGUGGGAAUGCUGCUCCUCUGUGUCAUCUCUGCCGCAGUUUUUGUUUGGGUCUUGUAUGUCGGGAAAGGUGAAGUAGAUAUCCUGGAAAAUGAUCAUGUUCAAAGUGUGACUCUCAAUGUUCGCUUGUCCAUAAAUUAUUCUGGAUCCCCACUGAUAUAUAGUUUGCAACCAAAUGGACUGAAUGCUGCAUAUACAGUCAAUCAGACAUCUUCCUUAAUCACUGGGGAGGAGACAGAGAACAGAAUAAUGCCUCCUCCUGCUUCUUCAUAUUUUCUGGGGUACACUCUUCCUUUGGGGCAUCCAUGUAAUACUUUUACUUUACCUCCUCCACCUGCAGACAAGAAAAGAACUGGACCACGGCCAUGCCCAGUGUGUUACCUUCCUUUGGAAGAAGCUGUUGCCUUAAUGCCAAAGGUCCCCUCCUUUUCUCCUGUUCUUAAGAAUUUAGCAUAUAUUUAUGAGGAACCGUUAAAUAGAGAGACAGAAUUUGGAGGUUCAGAUUUUGGUGGAUAUCCUACUUUGAAGCAACGUGACAAUUCUUACGAUAUAAGAGAGUCAAUGAGUGUGCACUGUGGAUUUGCCAAGGGAAGAAAACCUGGCCGUGGGACAGGAUUUGACAUUGACAAUGGCGAUCUUCUUGAAAUGGAGCAGUGCAAUGGAGUUGUUGUUGCAUCAGCUGUAUUUGGUGCUUUUGAUAACAUACAACAGCCAAGUAAUAUUAGUGAAUACUCCAAGCAAACUGUCUGCUUCUAUAUGUUUGUUGAUGAAGAAACAGAAGCAGCUUUGAAACGUGAUGGUGGUCUGGUAAAUAGUAAAAAGAUUGGAAUAUGGAGAGUAGUUGUUGUGCACAAUCUUCCUUACAGCGAUGGAAGGCGAAAUGGAAAGAUUCCAAAACUUCUGCCACAUAGGUUGUUUCCAAAUGCUCGCUUUUCUCUGUGGAUUGAUGGUAAACUGGAGCUUGUUGUCGAUCCAUAUCAAAUUCUGGAGAGGUUUCUAUGGAGAGAAAAUGUCACUUUUGCAAUUUCAAAACAUUAUAAACGCUUUGACGUGUUUGAUGAAGCUGAGGCAAAUAAAGCUGCAGGAAAAUUUGAUAAUGCCUCAAUCAACUUUCAAGUUGAUUUCUAUAAGAAGGAGGGUUUGACUCAAUACUCCGAGGCUAAACUUCCUAUCACUAGUGAUGUUCCUGAAGGAUGCGUGAUAAUACGGGAGCACGUUCCAAUCAGCAAUCUUUUUACCUGUCUUUGGUUCAAUGAAGUAGACCGUUUUACUUCCCGUGACCAAAUCAGUUUUUCCACAGUGAGGGACAAGAUCACAGCAAAGACAAACUGGACUGUCAAUAUGUUCUUGGACUGUGAAAGGCGAAAUUUCGUAGUACAGAAACACCAUAAAGACGUGCUAGCGGAACUAGCACGUAUGGCUCCUCCAACAGUUUAUUCUCCACAACCACCAUCCCUAACAUUAGCAAACGAUCCACCAAGAGUAUUUUCACUCGAAACUUCAGGUGACAGAGUAGUAAAUUCUCCAGUUAGGAAGGUCACACAAAGACGUGGUAGAGACAUGCGGUCCGGUUCUAGGCGCCGCCGCAAAGUCAUCAGGGACAAUGAUUCAAGUUAAAAUUUUGGUCAGGCAAAUCACAUUCUUUUUCCUCCCCAUUUCACAAUCAUUCAUGCCGGGGCUGCAAAAAUUGUUCAAGCAAGAAAACAAAGGUUGUCAUUUUUUUCCCCCCAUAUCCCUACAUUCAUAAUUGUCCGUUUCCAUUCAUUUUUUGUUGUAUAUAU